GUUACUCUACACACUUGCAAUUUCCUGCAAGGUCUGAGCUGGGUGAGAUGGGGACUCGAAAAUGUGGAGACUGCCUGACUGGUCUGCUCAUCCCACUGGCCCUUUGGAGUAUAGUCGUGAAUAUUUUGUUGUAUUUCCCCAACGGGCAAACUUUCUAUGCUGCCAGCAACAAAAUCACCAGCUACGUGUGGUAUUUUGAAGGAAUCUGUUUCUCGGGUAUCCUGAUGCUCAUCAUAGCUACAGUUCUUCUUGCACUGGAGAAUAAGAAUAACUACAAAUGUUGCCAGAGUGAAAACUGCAGCAAAAGAUACAUGACACUGCUAUCAAUUAUCUUUUCUGCCCUUGGAAUCGCUUUCUCUGGAUAUUGCCUAGUCAUAUCUGCACUGGCCCUGGUUCAGGGACCCUACUGUCGCACCCUCCAUGGCUGGGAGUAUGCCUUUGAAAACACUGCUGGACGGUUCCUUACAGAUUCCAGCAUAUGGACACAGUGCCUGGAGCCUGCACAUGUUGUGGAAUGGAACAUCAUCUUGUUUUCCAUCCUGAUAUCUCUUAGUACUCUUCAGGUGAUCGUCUGCCUCCUCAAAGUAGGCAUUCAAUUAUCCAAGAUCCUUUGUGGUACCUACUCCAUCAUCAUUCAGCCUGGAGUUAUCUGAAUGAAGACAAGAAUGUUUUCCAUUAUCAAGAUACGAUCACAGAUCUAGUCUUAUACCUGCUGGAUAGACUGGAGAAGAUAUUCAAUUUUUUUUC